AGCUACAGACCGAGAAUUCGAAGCUUCCAGUAGCCCCAAAAAUGCUGGGCGGAAUGAUGCUGAGGCGGCUCCGCUGCGUUCCAUCUCUUGUACGGCCGCCAUUGAAGUUUUUCUCGUACUCCUCUUCUACUUCUCGUUCCACUUCCUCGGUCAAGGAUUCCGCGGCCGCGAUCUCCAAAUCUGCAGCAGCAGGAGCGGCCGACGCUUUGGAAGACGACGAAGAGUUGCUCGAGUCAGUCGUUUCCGUGAGACCAGUGACGUUCCCCGUGCUUCUCGAGCCUCGUGUUGUGGUUUAUGACGGCGUCUGCCAUCUCUGCCACCGAGGGGUGAAGUGGGUGAUUCAAGUGGAUAAGCAGGCGAAGAUUAAGUUCUGUUGUGUCCAGUCCCUAGCUGCUGAGCCAUACCUGAGGUUGUGCGGUCUUGAGCGCGAAGAUGUCCUUCGUCGCUUUCUGUUUGUUGAAGGGCCAGGCCUGUACCACCAAGGAUCCACUGCUGCUCUGAAAGUGCUAUCCCACCUCCCUCUCCCAUACUCGGCUUUGAGCUCGCUCUUGAUUGUCCCAGCUCCCCUCCUUGAUGCUGUGUAUGACCACGUGGCCAAGCGACGCUACGGCUGGUUUGGAAAGGCAGACAAUUGCUUGGUGUUGAAUGACACAGAGCUGCUCGACCGGUUCAUUGACAAGGAUGAAAUGACGGGCAAGUAGAAACUUUCUUCCGUAUCACUUCUAUAAACCUUUAGUCUGCCUAAGCUCCCAACUUCUCUGUACAACCAAGGUUAUAUAUACUAGCAGAAACGCAUUUUUACCUGUAACACCAUGGUUGUGAAGUGUCGUUAAACAAAGGAGUGGUCUCUCUUAACCAUUUUGUACAACUCCUCUCCCUCUAUCCAACCCUACCCGAGAUGUUGAGAACAUAGCACCGACAUUUUAGCAUCGUUUGAGUGCCAUAGAUUGCAUAUUAUACUUGCUGGAAGUGUCGUGUGGUAUUGGAUGUGCAGGUUUGAUCAUCAUCAUCAUUCAUCAGUGGAUUUCAACGAGUCCUUGG